AUGUCCUCCGUGGAAUACCGCACGUUCUGCCGUGACUGGCGUGACUACCAGCGUCUUACACAGGACUGUAAUUCAGCCACCGUGACGCACAUACGUCUGAUGUGUGACGCACAGCUACGGCAGGCCAUCGAUACUAUUCAUGGCGAUAAAUGGCAGAGCUACAGCGUCGACCAGGCACUGCAGGAAAUCGGCAACAUCACCAAACACAGUAGCAACCCAGCUGUGGCUCGCAAACGUUUCCACGCGCUAGCACAGACGCCAACUGAACCAAUCAGAGAGUUCGUCGUCCGGUGUAAGCAAACUGCCGCCGACUGCCGCUUCACGUGUCCAUCCUGCAACAGCGACCUUACCGACUGGAUGCUGACUGACCAGAUCACCUGCGGCGUCCAGAGCGAGGCGCUACAGCAGGAGCUUCUACUGAAGCACAGCAGCUUCUCCAGCUUCGAGGCGCUGCGUUCGUACUGUGAAGCGCAUGAGUCAGCAUAUAGAGACAAACAUGAGCUGUCGAUGGCUUCCGCCACUUCUGUAGCUGCGGCCGUAGCUCCAGUCGACACCGCUGAGGACAUCGAACAGCCGGAUCCAGAUCAAGCACCCGAGCUUGCCGCCAGGAUGUCCGCUCACACCCGGCAGAAGCAGGGCAAAUCCCACCAGCCGGCAGCCCCAUGCUCCUUCUGUGGGCGCGCUGCACACACCAAGGGUCGACAAGGCUGUCCGGCGCACGACAAAUUCUGCACCCAGUGCGGUAAGAAAGGCCACUUCAGCACUGUGUGUCGAAGCAAGACAACGCUCAGCUCGGUGCGCGUUGAGCCUAACGUCGUAGCUGGUGUCGGGCGCGGACUUCCUCGCCUGCAGCUCACUGUGAUUCACCCCGGCAGCCGCAAGUCGCGUGUUCUCAGCGCCAUCGCCGACACCGGUGCUGAAGUCUCCGUCAUGGGUCGCUCACAUCUAACACAGCUGGGACUCAGCCCCAAACACUUAAAGAAGACGCCAAGACGUCUGCAGCAUGCAGCCGGUGGUGGUCUGCAAGUGCUUGGCACCAUCCGGAUGCGGCUUUGCCUUCAAGACAGGCAAAUCACAGAAGACAUAUUUGUGGUAGCGGGCGUCAGUGACAUGUUCCUCUCGCUAUCAGCAUGUAGGAAUCUGAGCAUCGUACAUGCCCACUUUCCGUGUCACCAGAUCGGCGCCAUCUCUGGCGCUGAUCAUCCUCCUGAAGGCGCCGACAUGACCACAGACAGGCCCCACCACCUGCCUGAUCGUCCAAACCAGCUCCCAUUUCCACCCACGGAGGGAAACAUACCAAAGCUGGAGGCCUGGCUGAAGGAGCACUUCUCGGACAGCACCUUCAACACCACGUGUCAGCCGCUCCCGGCCAUGUCGGGGCCGCCACACCACAUCCACCUGAAGGAUGGAGCUGAGCCGUUCGUCGCUCACACACCCAUUCCAAUUCCACAUCACUGGAAGAAAGAGGUCAAGCGUCAGCUGGAUGACGAUGUCGCCAGGGGUAUCCUGAGACCAGUUCCUGCCGGAGAGCCAUCGGAGUGGUGCUUCAGGAUGGUCACUGUACCGAAAAAGGACGGCAAACCGAGGAGAACGGUGGAUUUCCAGCCCGGUAACAAAGCAUGUCUCCGCGAGACUCACCAUACCCCUCCACCAUUCGACAUGGUAAGCAGCAUCCCCCCAAAAAGCUACAAGACGGUUCUAGACGCCUUUAAUGGGUAUCACCAAGUGAUGCUAGACGAGGAAAGUCGCAAACUGACAACCUUCAUCACUGAGUACGGCCGAUAUCAGUAUCUGCGUACACCGCAGGGUCACUGUUCAGCUGGUGACGCCUACACAAAAAGAUAUGAUGACAUAGUCGCUGGUGUGGAAAGACAGUGUAAAUGCAUCGACGACACUCUGCUGUACGAUGCAGAUAUCAAACAAGCGUUCUUCCACACAUUCGACUACCUCACGCUGUGUGGCAGAAACGGUGUGACAUUGAACCCCGACAAGUUCAAGUUCUGUCGUCGUGAUGUCGAGUUCGUCGGCUAUUUCCUAGGAUGGGAAGACUACAAGUCAACAGGCGACAAGCUGUCAGCCAUAAAGAACUUCCCUAUGCCGGAGCAGCCAUCCAUCACAGACAUCAGAUCCUGGUUUGGGCUGGUGAACCAGCUCGCGCCGUUCAUGGCCGUCUCACCCCUGAUGGAACCAUUCAGAGACCUUCUGAAGCCUGGAGCCUCCAAGAAAGUCUACUGGGAUCAGAAUCUCCAGACGAUCUUGAACAAAACCAAAGAAGCCAUAUGCAGUAUGGCGGCAAAUGGACUCGCCUACUUCGACCGGUCCCGGCCAACCGCCGUGGUGACCGACUGGUCCAGAAAUGGAAUUGGCUUCGUGAUCCUCCAGCAGCACUGCAGCUGUGCCAAACAUCAAGCGCCGUUCUGCUGUACAGGGGGCUGGAAGCUGGCCCUCUGUGGUAGCCGCCAUCUGUCUUCGGCGGAAUCAAACUACUCAGCGGUGGAAGGCGAGGCACUGGCCGUGGCGUGGUGCUUCAAGAAGGCCAGGCUGUUCCUCCUCGGUAAUCCGGGCUUCCUUCUUCUCGUGGACCACCGGCCGCUGGUGAAAAUCCUUGGCAACAGAGCCCUCGGUGACACAUCAAACCCAAGGCUGCUUCGUCUCAAGGAGAAGACGCUGCUGUUCGACUAUCGGAUCAAGCACUUGCCUGGGAAGCAGAAUCUGGCCGCAGACACGCUCUCGAGGUACCCAGUCGGCGCUCUAGAACCAGACAAGGAUGACACGGACGUUAGUGAGGAUCUGGAGGCCCUGGGCGCCAUUGUGUCAGCAUUAACGGCCACCUCAGAAGACGUCAUAGCCAUGGAUCCCCAACAUGUCAAAGACGCUGCGCAGUCUGACGAGCAGUAUCAGCUGCUGUCUCAGAAGGUAUCGUCAGACAGUUUCGCCAAUACUCGGGCCCAAGAAGACCCACUAGUGCGAGACUUCUACAAUGUCCGAGACCGUCUGUGCAUAGCCGACGACCUUUUGAUGUACGGCGUAGACGAAAAGGACCUGAGACUGGUUAUUCCCAGGAACCUCCGCCGUCAGAUCAUCAAAAACCUGCACUCUGCGCAUCAAGGCUCAUCUUCCAUGCUGGCACGAGCUAGACAGGUUGUUUACUGGCCCGGCAUGGAACAUGACGUCCAAGACCAUGCCCGGCACUGUGAGCAGUGCCGUCGCCACGCGCCGUCUCAGCAAAGAGAACCACUGCUUCCCUCCCCAGCCCCAGACUACCCGUUCCAGCAAGUGGUCGCCGACAUGUUUGAGCUCAACGGAAACAUGUACCUGAGCUACGCUGACCGGCUGACAGGCUGGCUGGAAGUUCACCAUUUUCGCUCAGCUGUGACGUCAGAAGCGCUCUGCGGCGUAUUCCGCCAGCUGUUCCACAGAUGGGGCGCACCUCAAGAGCUGUCGUCUGAUGGCGGACCCAACCUGUCAGGGCGGCCCUUCCAGCUGUUCCUGCGCAGGUGGGGCGUCCGGUGGCGCCUCUCGUCAGCCCACUUCCCUCAGUCGAACGGCCGAGCUGAGGCCGCCGUUAAGACAGCCAAGCGCAUCAUACGCGAACACACAGGAAGAGGAGGUCAUGUCAACACGGAUGAGGCAGCACAGGCGCUGCUGAUGUACAGAAAUACGCCGCUACGAGACGGCGGUCGGUCCCCGGCACAGCUGGCGCUGGGCAGGCACCUCCGCGACAGCAUCCCGUCACCGUCACAGCAGUACAAGCUGAGCCCCGAGUGGUGCCGGGAUCUCCGCCGACGGGAGCUCUCCAUGGUCACCCGCGGCGAGAAAAGCAAGGCCGCUUAUGAUGUCGGCACGAAGGAGCUCUCCGAAAUGUCGGUCGGCGACAGCGUCCUCUGUCAGGACGCCAGAACCAAAGCCUGGGACCGCCGAGGUGUCAUCGUAGAAAAGUCUCCGUUCCGAAAGUACUUGGUCAAGAUGCAGGGCACUGGCCGCGUGACGAUCCGCGCGCCGGUGGACGCUUACGGUGAGCUGCACCAGUUCCCCUGGUUUCAUGGUACGCUGGCGCGCUCCGAUGCCGCCCAGCUGGUCCUGCAAGAGCGCCAGCGCGGACACGGCACCUUCCUAGUGCGACAGUCGGAAACGCGCGUUGGAGAUUACGUGCUGACCUUCAACUACCAGGGACGACCCAAGCACGUGCGGCUGACCAUCUCGGAGGAGCGGCAGUGUCGCGUGCAGCAUUUGUGGUUCAACUCGGUGUUCACCAUGCUGGAGCAUUUCCGGCUGCACCCGAUUCCUCUCGAGUCCGGAGGCAGCAGUGACGUGACGCUGGCAGAGUUUGUGCUGGUGCCUCGCCGCGCCGCCCAAACCAGCGAGGUGGUCGCCGAGCCACGAGCGCAGUCGGCGCCCAGCGUCCCAGACCUAACCGAGGUUCGUACAUACGGUGGCUCUGUCCGACUGCGCACCGAGUCACUGGAGCGGCUGGAGCAGCAGGCCGGCGGCCUCCAGUCGGCUCAGCGGGCCGUCGACAACGCCUACUCGUUCGUCUGAGGCGCGCCUGCCAGCACCACUGGUCAGCUGCAGUGCGUCGGUACUGCACUCGCAGCUACUCGGACAGGGACCUGCGCAAACACGUUGUACUUAUACAGGUCACCGCCGAUCAGUACCUAAUGUGAGGAUGUACGUAAUCGAACAAAAGCCGGCACCAUUCAGUAAUAGUGAGAUGUAUCGUCAAAGGCGAGCAUCGCACAGCUUCGUAUUUCAAUUAGACAACUUUCUUAAAUGUGUCACAAUUCUACCUGCCACAGCAUACUCGCUAUCAUCGAACAACUGUAAUAUCUACCCACCUUGACGCACCCCAGAGUCUCUGUGACCGCCACUGGGCAGAGUUGUGAACCUACGCGCGUGCAUGAAGAGUCAUUGCUGUGCGAGUCAUUGCUGUGCAUUCCAGUAUAGUGUAGCCAUUGAUGAUCUGGACACAGUGGCGUAGCCAGACAUCAGCGAAAGGCUGAUGGCAUGGUGCUCGAGGGGGCGACUUUUUCGGACGCCAUUGUCAGCUAGUGACAGGGGCGUCAGUCUAAAAUGUAACG